AUGAGCCGCAAAUCUACAGAAUCUUCUGCGUCUACAAUGGACUCCAGGGAAGCGCCGCCUUCGCGCUGCGGUUCUCCGUCCACGUCUGCAACACCUUUACUUCACGCACACCAAUCAGAUUCGACAUUGCAUGCCAACGCUAUUCCACAGAAGGAUGUAGAAACCGUGGACGAUGAAGGAAAUUCAGAAUAUUCCCAUUCAGAGCAAGAUGAUGACGAUGCGAGCGUGGAUCCAACUGCGCAGCCCGGCGUUCAGAACAUGGAAGCAGUCACCGUGACAUGGACGACUGCAGCUUUAACUUUUGCUUACAUUAUGAUAUGGCUUACAUACUUUGUAGAGGGCAUGCUAGGAGGCACAGCGGCCGCCCUAUCUCCCUAUGUCACAUCUGCAUUCGCGUUGCAUUCGCUCACGCCGACCGUGGGCAUCCUGAGCAGUGUCAUCGGCGGUGUGACGAAUCUAACGCUUGCUAAAAUUCUAGAUGUCUUUGGCAGACCUCAGGGCUACAUUUGCUGUGUCAUACUUGCCACGAUUGGCCUCAUGAUGAUGGCGACCUGCACCACUGUGGAAGCUUAUGCAGCAAGUCAGGUAUUCUACACAGUGGGAAAUAACGGCAUCCAGUAUAGUUUGAGUGUCUUCAUUGCCGACACUUCCUCGCUGCGUAAUCGAGGACUAGUGCAGGCAUUCGCAUCAUCGUCGAACCUCAUCACAUGUUGGCUAGGAGGCCCAAUUGCACAAGGCUUCCUCGCAGGGCCAGGCUGGCGCUGGGCCUUCAUCAUGUUCACCAUCAUGGUCCCCUCUGUGACACUCCCCCUAUGGGGCCUCCUCAUGUACAAUCUCCACAAAGCAAAGCAACAAGGACUACUCCCUAAGAACGACGAAAAACGAACCUUAUCACAGGCCUUUGUGCACUACAGCCGCGAAUUUGAUGCCAUUGGUCUCUUCUUGAUUUCCGCUGGUUUCGCCCUCUUUCUCCUGCCAUUCAACCUCUACACCAUGCAGGCAAAGGGAUGGGACUCGCCACUUAUCAUCUGCAUGCUUGUGUUCGGUAUUAUCUUCCUCAUCAGCUUCGUAGUAUGGGAGAAGUUCUACGCGCCAAUUACAAUGCUCCCAUACGAUCUCCUCAUGGACCGCACCGUCUUUGGCGCCUGCAUCCUCUCCUCCACCAUCUUCAUCAGCUUCUGGCUCUGGAACAGCUUCUUUAGUUCCUUCCUCCAAGUCGUCAAGGGGCUCAGCGUCGAGAGCGCUUCCUACGUAGUUCAAUGCUACACCGUGGCCUCUGUCCUCUCCGCCAUUGUCGUAGGCUGGCUGAUCCACCGCACCGGACGCUACAAGCCCAUCUGCCUCUACUUUGGCAUCCCCAUGAGCGUCUUCGGCCUCGGCCUCAUGAUCCAUUUCCGCAACGCAGACGGCAACGUCGGCUACAUUGUCAUGUGCCAGCUCUUCAUCGCCUUCGCCGCCGGCACAAUCGUCAUUUGCGACGAAAUCGCCAUCCUCGCCGCCGCAGCCCACCAGCACAUCGCCAUCGCCAUCGCAGUCGUCAGCAUGUUCGGCAGCGUCGGCGGCGCCAUCGGUCUCACCCUCGCAUCCGCAAUCUGGCAAGGCACGUUUCCAAAGAAACUCCUCGAGUAUCUGCCCGCAGACGAUGUCCCAGAUUUCAAAGCCAUCUACUCCGAUCUCAAUAAGCAGCUUUCGUAUCCGAUGGGCUCGCCGACGCGCGUGGCGAUUCAAAAGGCGUAUGCGGAUGCGCAGGUGAAUUUGCUGAGUGUGGGGGUUGCGGUGUGGGCGAUUGGGUUUGUGGCCGUGGUCAUGUGGCGCGAUGUUAAUGUUAUUGGGAUCAAGCAGACCAAGGGGCAUGUGUGGUGA